UCUAUUUCAACUCAUAUCGUGAUAGCAGCAGAUACAAAGUGAUCAAAAAAAUGGCUUUCAAAUUAUUCGUUGUACUUUCAGCUCUUUUCGCUGUCUCCCUUGCAGUUAUUUCCGGUGAUUACGGUUCAGUCGGAGUUCAAACUGGUCAAGAUAUCAGAGGACCAUUGAGCACACUUUCAUCAUACCAGAAAUCAAUCAACACCGGCAACUCUCAAUCAUUUGUGUCUCGUACAGACUACACUAGCAACCCUGGUCUUAUCGCUCACCCAAUUGCCCCAGUCAUUGCUCAUGCUCCAGUCGCUGCUUAUGCUGCACCAGCAUACCACGCACCAAUUGCCGCUGCCCCAGUCUUCCAUGGAGCUGCUUACCCAUAUGCCGGUUUCAAAGCACCAAUUGCUGCUGCUGCUUACUACCAUUGAAAAACUUUUAAAUCAUUCUUAUUGUAAAUCCAAAUUGAGUUCAACCAAAAAAAAAAAUAUAAAAAAUAAAAGAAAUUCUUAUCCUUGAUUUGAAAUCUUUAAA